AUGAACUCUGGGAACGAUAGUUGGCACUCCUCUGCUGGUGGGCCGCCGUCGCACCCUGGCAUGGAUCAAAUGAACCAGCAGCAGAGGCCCUUGGGCUCUUUCGGUCCAAAUCCAUCUCAGCAAGGCCCGUCUUCGCAGCCCUCGGGCCCUGUCCUCCCCCCUCCAUCCGGUUCCUACCACCCUGGCGGUCAGUCGGGUGGCCACUCGCUCCCUGGCCUGGCAGAAUUGAGCCAGAGCCACGGUGCCGCGCACCAGCCUCAGACGUACGGUCCGCAUCCUCCCUCCCACAAUGCCGGCCACUCCCUGCCGGGAAUCGGCCAAGCCAUGCAGCAUGCGUCUCCACAGCUCAAUCGCGAGCGUGAACGUGACUCCCGAGAGCGGGAGAUGAUGGAGCGCCAGCGCCAGCAGGAAGAGCAUGCCCACCGCGAGCGUGAGCAGCGGGAGCGGGAGCGGGAGCAGAUGGAACGCCAGCAGAUGGAGCGCCAGCGCGAACAGCAGCAGCACCACCCCGUCCAGAGCCACACGGGCUCCAUCCCCCUCCAUCAACCCGUCGCGUCGAAGGUGCCCAACACCAUCCAUGGCCCUAACGGUCUUCUCUCCAACCUCAGUGGAGCUGCCACCAACGGCCCUCAAGGUACUGGUGGGCAGUCCUCUAGUGGACCUGGUAGCCUCUUUGGGCCCCAGAUGCAGCAGCAUGGUGAGGGUACGCCGCGGUCAUACAUGCAGCACCCCGGUGGGCCGUCCGGUAACCCGAUGAUGGGCUACAAUGGAUCUGGCCAGCAGAUUCCGGGGAGUGUGGCCGCUCUGGCGCAAGGCCAGCAGCCAAUUCUUAAUGAUGCUCUGAGCUAUCUGGAUCAAGUGAAGGUUCGCUUCGUCGAUCAGCCGGAUGUCUACAAUCGAUUUUUGGACAUAAUGAAAGACUUUAAGAGCCAAGCGAUUGAUACCCCCGGCGUCAUCCAACGCGUCUCCACCCUUUUCAAUGGUCACCCUGCUCUCAUUCAGGGAUUCAAUACCUUUCUCCCUCCCGGCUAUCGUAUCGAAUGCGGAACUGAAGAUAACCCCGAUGCGAUUCGCGUGACCACCCCCUCCGGUACCAAUACACUGAGCAUGCCUCGGACAGGACGUUCGCUGGAUUCUGGAGAUAUCGGUCCUUCGGGUGGUCUGCACGGACGCCCUGACUUUUAUGAUCAGUCGCGCCCUGGUUGGCAGCAAAGCCAGCAGCAACAGCCACAGCAACAGCCCGGGUCUUACUCGCCUGGCUCUCGCAUGAUGGGUCCCGGCAUGUACCAGCAGGAUGGGUCUAGCCAGGAACACCACUACGGCUACCAAAGCCAGCAGGAGCAACAGGCGGCCGCCACUGCGGCGGCUAUGUCACACCAGCAAGAUCACCGUGGUGUCGCGCAGUUGCAAGGUGCUGCCUCGGCCUCUGCUGGUAUGGGACGCCCAUCUCUCCUCCAAGUGACCUCGGCUGCGGGAGCGAACGCAAGUCUGACCCAGCCUAUGAACAAUCUAGCUGGCGUUGGCUCUGGUAUGCUGCAAGGCGCCCAUGGCGACCUGACCAAGCGUGGACCCGUGGAGUUCAACCACGCAAUAAGCUAUGUGAACAAGAUCAAGAAUCGCUUUUCGAGUGCGCCGGAGAUCUACAAGCAAUUCCUUGAGAUCUUGCAGACCUAUCAGCGGGAGUCCAAGCCCAUUCAGGAUGUCUACGCGCAGGUGACCCAACUGUUCAACACUGCCCCGGAUCUCCUGGAAGAUUUCAAGCAGUUCUUGCCUGAAUCUGCGGCCCAUGCAAAGCAACAAGCGGCCGCUCGCGCGGCCGAAGAGGCUGCUCCUCUCAGCAACUUGCGUGGAGAUGCCAUGGGCCCUGGCGGUCUCGCUUCGCAGACCCCCAACCGGGAUGUCAAAAUGCCGCCCCUUGGUCAAUUCAAUGUCAAGGAAAAGGAAGGCAAGAAGCGCCGCGGUGGUCCAGGUGGUGCCGGCGUGACCUCGUCCAUGUCCGGCCCUGCUGGUGCUGAGGCUGCGCGGAUGGCGGAUCUCCAGGCUGGCCGCGCUCAGGGUCAGUUUGGUAACGUUAAUAAGAGAGCCAAGUACCACCACGGCAAACCCUCAACAGGUGCUGACUUGUCGAAUGUGUCACCGACGUUGAUCCCUGCGCUCCCAGAACCCAUCCAGCCGUCUGUGUCGAUGACUCCAAGUCAGGAGGAGAUUGCCUUCUUCGACCGCGUGAAGAAGUUCAUUGCGAACAAGCAGGUCUUCAGCGAUUUCCUGAAGCUGUGCAACCUGUACACCACCGACCUUGUGGAUCGUCAUGUUCUGGUUAAGAGGGCCGAGGGAUACAUUGGGUCUAACGCGGAGCUCAUGAGCUGGUUCAAGCGAUUUAUGAGUGUCGAGGAGCCCGAGGACAAAACCAUUGACCCCAAGCCUCGAACGGAGGCUGGUAUGGUCAACCUGGCUCAUUGUCGGUCCCUGGGGCCUAGCUAUCGUCUUCUGCCUAAGCGGGAGCGCCAGAAGCCUUGCAGCGGCCGUGAUCAGCUGUGCUUUGAGGUUCUGAAUGACGAAUGGGCAUCUCACCCUACCUGGGCAUCCGAGGAUUCUGGGUUUGUUGCGCACCGAAAGAACCAGUACGAAGACGCCUUGCAUCGCAUAGAGGAGGACCGCCAUGAUUACGAUCACCACAUCGAGGCGUGCACCCGCACCAUCCAGCUGAUCGAGCCGAUCUGCCAGCAGUUCCUUGUCAUGAGUGAAUCUGAGCGGGCCGCUUUCAAACUGCCUCGCGGUCUCGGUGGCCAGAGCGAGGCGAUUUACCAGCGGGUGAUCAAGAAAAUCUACGAUCGCCAGCGCGGCGAGAAGAUCAUCCGUGACAUGUUUGAGCGCCCCUGUCAGAUUCUUCCGAUUGUUCUCUACCGUCUCAAACAGAAGCUGGAGGAGUGGAAAGUGUGCCAGCGCGAGUGGGACAAGGUCUGGCGCGAGCAGAUGCAGCGCGCGUACUGGCGCAGUCUCGACCACCAGGCCAUUGCCACGAAGCAGACGGACAAGAAGCUCUUCAUUGCGAAGAACAUCCAGCAAGAAGUUCAGUCCAAGUUCGAGGAAGACCGGAACCUUCGCAAGGGUGGAUGGACCCCAGCCAAAUACCAGCGCGAGUUUACGUUCAGUGACUUGGACGUUGUUCUGGAUGCCACUCACCUGCUUGUCUUGUACUUUGAACGGGGCACUAGUGGCUUCGGCGCCGAUACACAGAAGUUGACAGCCUUUGUCAAGGAUUUUAUUCCGGUAUACUUCGACCUGGACCGCGAAACUUUCCACGACUACAUGGAUGAAAUUUCGGUUGCAACUUCGCCUGCCGAGGAGAUAGACGGGGAGAAUUUCGCAGCCGAGGAUGCGUCAAAUUCCAGUCGGAAAGAGCUCAACACCCAGAAGAUCGGCCUCUUGCGCGAGGCUCUUGAGCGCAAGACCGAGAAAGGGAAACGGAAUAACGAGGACGGUGCUGUUGCAACCCCCCUUGCGACCCCGGAGGUUCCGCGAGCUCCGUCUGCUGCCGUUUCAGAGCCCGAGGAGUUUAACGUGGCCGAGCUCAAGUGGAUGGAGCAUCCCGGUCAGGGCAACUUCAACCUGCAGCGCGAGUACACGCUGAACGAGAAGUACGAAAAGAAGGUGCACAAUAUGUACGCCAACUUGAACAUUUAUUGCUUCUUCCGGACCUUUGAGAUCCUCUAUGAGCGUCUGCUGCGCGUCAAGGAGCAAGAGGCUGAAGCUCACGAGCAAGUGCGUCGGGGUCUUUUACCCAAGCCUGCGCAUGAACUGGCUCUGAUCGACCGAUUCCCUAAUGACUUCUUCUACGACUGUGACCCCAAGGCCAAUCUGUACCAGCAGGUUGUGCGCAUGUGUGAGGAAGUGAUCAAGGGCGACAUGGACCAGAUUCAUCUGGAGGAAACCCUGCGCCGCUACUACAUGCAGGGCGGCUAUCUGCUCUACAACCUUGACCGCAUUCUGUCUUCCAUUACCAAGUACGCUGCGUCCAUCUUCACUGGUGAUUCGCGCGAUCGCAGCUCGGAUAUUGUGAAUCUCUUCUUCCGGGAACGGGAGAAGGAGGAGACUACGCAUCACCAGGAGAUCCAGUAUCGCAAGCAGGUAGAGAAGAUGGUUAAGGAUGGCGAUAUCUAUCGCAUCACUUAUUACCCAUCGGAGCGCCGGACGACCGUCCAACUGAUAACACCCGAGGACGUGACCUUCGACAACGCGGAGCUAAGCUCCGAAGCCCGCUGGUCGUACUACGUUACUGCUUACUCAAUGCGUGAUCCGACCGAAGGCGUGCAGUUCUCCGCAAUGCGCAUGCCCUUCUUGAAGCGCAACCUGCCAGGCAAGCUGGACGAGGACGAGGAGUAUGACCGCUUCUACCGACGCCUGCAGCAUUUCGACGGUCUUAUUAUCCGCAUCUGCGCCAAUAACUACACGAUGCUCUACCAGCCUGAAACCUACGACUGGUUCUGGCGCUCCACGGCGCCGAUCAUCGACAAGGAUGCUGAUGCCGAGGCGGCCAAGACCCAGACAGAAGAAGCUGCCAAGGAGAAGGCUGCGCUGCGUGAGAAGCGCCAUGACCGCUUCGUCGAGAAGUUCGUCAACAACCCGAACUGGGCCCGUGGUCUCAGCAAGGACAAGGUGGACGAGUCGAAUCAGCGCUUCCGCUCUUGGCUGAAUGGUACCUUGUCCGCUGAGAAUGCUGUUUCUGCCACCGAGGAGGUUGAGAAGCCUGCUGAAGACAAGGAGGCUGAGAAGAGCAAGAGUCCCCCGAAGGAGGACCAGCCUGAUGCCGAGAUGGCCGACGCCGCACCACCCGCGCCUGAGGCGGAGGCGGAGACUACGGAGGCGCAAUGA